CGCUGCUCCUCCCAGUACAUAGCACCUCCUCAUAACUUGUUCGCAGGACAGAGAGCUCUCAGUGAAACGAAUCCGCUCACGGGCUACUGGUGAUCGUGGAUGGUCGGCGACCGAAAUUAAGAUACCUGAUAUCAAAUUCGUGGGAUCGAUAAUUUUUUUAACAUAACAUUGAUUCCGAUAUUGAACACAUCUGAUGCUGAAGAUCGAUAUUCGUUUGUUGUAUUCGCCAAGUUAAAUGAAUUGUGCACAAUUACGCAUGGCAUUCGCAAUGGCAACCGUUUUGGAUACUCGUUCUCCUGUUUUGUUCCUUUUAUGGGUCUACUGCGUCCUGGCGGACAGCCUCUUUACCAACUUAACUUUGGACAACGAGGUCCAUUCGAGUUUCAUCCACCGGCGGCUGAAGAGCCAGGAACGCCGGGAGAUGCAGCGGGAGAUCCUGUCGAUCCUGGGCUUACCGCACCGACCGCGUCCCCAUCUCCACGGGAAGCACAACGCUGCGCCCAUGUUCAUGUUGGACCUGUACAAUGCAAUGUCCACGGAGGGAGACGAGGACAGAUACUCGUACCCCUACAAGCCCGUCUUCACCACGCAAGGGCCCCCGAUUGCUAGCCUGCAGGACAACAACUUCUUGAACGAUGCUGACAUGGUGAUGAGCUUCGUCAAUUUAGUCGAGUACGAUAAGGAGUUCUUACCGGUGCGACGACAUCAUCGGGAGUUCAGGUUCGACCUAUCCCGGAUCCCUGAGGGCGAGGCGGUCACGGCCGCAGAGUUCCGCAUCUACAAAGACUUCAUCCACGAGAGCUACGACAACGAGACCUUUCGCAUCAGCGUCUACCAGGUGCUGGAAGAGCACUCCGAUAGAGAGUCGGACCUGCUCCUGCUGGACUCGCGUGUGAUCUGGGCCGUCGAGGAGGGCUGGCUGGUGUUUGACGUGACGGUGACCAGUAACCACUGGGUGUUGAACCCUGGCAGGAACCUGGGCUUGCAGCUCGCUCUGGAGACCACCAGCGGGGAAAGCAUCAACCCGCGUGUGGCAGGGCUGAUCGGCCGCAGCGGGCCCCAGAACAAACAGCCCUUCAUGGUGGCCUUCUUCAAAGCUACAGAGGUGCACCUGCGCAGCAUCCGCUCGGCUCCAGGGGGCGCCAAACAGCGGAACCCCAACCGGUCCAAAGGGGCCAAGGGCCAGGAAGCGCUCCGGGUUGCCAACAUAGCAGAGAACAGCAGCGCAGAUCAGAAGCAGGCCUGCAAGAAACAUGAGCUCUACGUCAGUUUCAGAGACCUGGGUUGGCAGGACUGGAUCAUCGCUCCGGAGGGCUACGCUGCCUACUAUUGCGAGGGAGAGUGCGCCUUCCCGCUGAACUCGUACAUGAACGCCACAAACCACGCAAUCGUACAAACACUUGUUCACUUCAUAAACCCGGACACCGUCCCCAAACCCUGCUGUGCCCCCACCCAGCUCCAUCCCAUCUCAGUGCUCUACUUCGACGACAGCUCCAACGUCAUCCUCAAGAAGUAUCGCAACAUGGUGGUCAGAGCGUGCGGCUGCCACUAGGCCGUCCGGGCGGGCCAGGCGGUUCGGACGCACGCCCGUGCACGCGUGCGAUGGGAAAGGGCCCCCGUCCCUAUGUUUACACUCUUUGGGCUCAAACGUUUCAAACAUGGAGGAGGGAUGGGGAAGGGCUGGCGUGCGUGUUAAGUGUAAACAUCCUCGUCAAAGCAGAGUGUUUCAGAGUCUGGCUUCAGAGUCCCUUUUCUGUUUUUUUAUAAAGACGCUCUUGAUGUAAACAUUUGUUCCUAAAUGCAGUGCAGCUGUAUAGGAAUUUUAGACAAUCGACUUUAGAUUCCUCUUUCAAACACAGGCGUGUACGCACGCUGAUGCACUCUCACACACACACACACACGCGCGCACACACACACACACACGCCCGCACGCACGCACGCACACACACACACACACACACACACACACACACACACACACACACACACACACACACACACACACACACACACACACUAAUCCUGUGCUUUCUACUGUGUAUAUGAGACAUUUAAAACAGUGAUUGUAUGUUAAUACACACUAAAAAAUCUUUUGUUUAAUACGUACUAUAUAUUUUUUAUUUUUAGUUAAUGUCAUUCUUAUUGUAUGUUAUUAUAUAUAUUUUUUGGAGUUUGGCACCUGGAUGAAGGUUCUAAAUCUGUGAACUCUUCUUUGUACAAUACUGUGUAAAUAGUGUUCUUUUUUUACAAAGCAACAAGUGUAUUUAUUUCCAGGAAAUGUCAAUUUGUUGUUUGUUGGGGAUAUGUUCUGCCCCGAAUGCAAUGCUGCCUAUACAAACGUUCACACAAUUCCAUGGUCUAUUGCACAGAACAAAACAAAAACACAACCUGAGUCGGCGAUGAACAUUACGCUUACAUUUUGUUCAGCCAUCUGUCGUUCUCAAUUUAGUAUUCAUUUCAAAUCACUAGCCCUGUUUCCCCCCCCCCCCAUCUCUCUCUCUCUCUCUCUCUCUCUCUCUCUCUCUCUCAAUGUAUAUGUAUAUGUGUACAUAUAUAUCUCUCUCACUCUCUCUUACUUUUUGCAAACGCGGGCUGGUAAAUCUGUACAGAUCCGGGAGACCCAAACCUUUCAUGGGAAAAAAUAUCCUCAGACUAUGCUCAGCCAUUUUAGUUAUGACCUUAAUGUAAUGAAUAACCGUUGUGUGCAGAGUCCAGCUGUAAUUCAAAUGACGAAGCUACAACAACAAGCUAAACCUUACAGCCGUCCAUUUCUAUUUACGGGCCAAUGGUAUCCUCCUAAAGCCAUGACAUAAAUCUGAUGUAGAGUUUGGAGAUUACCGGAUUCCAAAACAACUCUCUUCCUACCAAAAAAACGUCUGCUCACCGCAUAAAGGUGCACGUGAAAAGAGAGAAAACAGCUAGACCGAAAUAGAGGGAACAGAUACUUGUGUUUGUUUUGUGUGCUAAACAUCUUGAUCGUGGCAGUGAGGGCCUAUUUAUUGAACUCUUGUGGAGCUGCAGUCUAUACGUCAGGAAUAAAAAUGUGUCCAUUCAUAACCAUGUUUUACUGCUGAACAAUAAACUACAAGAGAAAU